AUGAAACAGGCGGGCGAAGUUGUGCGCGCUGACGUCUUCGAGGAUUACCAGGGAAGGAGCAAAGGCUGCGGUAUCGUCGUAUAUAAGAAUGAGGAAGCGGCGCAGCGGGCCAUCAAGGAACUCACUGACACCGUUCUUCUAGAGCGCCCCAUAUUUGUGCGCGAAGACCGUGAGGAGGGAAGCGGAAGCGGUGGCAAGUUUUCCGGAGGCCGGGGACGGGGCCGCGGCCGCGGUGGCUUCUCUGGGGGACGCGGUGGCUAUCAAGGAGGCCAGGGUGGCGGCUAUCAGGGCAACAACCAACAGGGGACGUCCGGAAGCAGCUACCAGGGGGGUAGUGGCGGUGGUGGAGGACGCCAGGUGUUCGUAUCCAAUCUGCCGUGGAAGACUUCGUGGCACGACCUUAAGGAUCUAUUCAGAGAAUGCGGUGAAGUCAUCAGGGCGGACGUGAUGGAACUGCCGGGAGGUCGUUCAAAGGGCGUUGGCACGGUCUUGUUUGCUUCGCGGGAAAGUGCACAGACCGCGAUCGACACAUUUAACAACUACUUGUUGGAUGGGCGGCACAUAUCCGUGCGUUUUGACAGAAGGGAAGUGUAA